AUGCCGGUGUCCCGGCGUCGAGGCCCGGUGGUGGCGGGAAGGCAGGCGGGGCUGCGGCGCUGGCGCCGGGAAGUCCGCGUGCGCCGGGAGUUGGGUCAGCCCGCCGGCUGCUGUGGCGGAGGACGGCCCGAUGUCCUGUUCCUGCACGGCCAGGCGUUCACCUCCAAGACGUGGGAGGCCUUGGGCACGCUGGCAGUGCUCGCCGCGGAAGGCUACCGUGCAGUCGCAAUAGAUCUGCCUGGCUACGGGGAUUCACCCCCGGCGGAGAUGGUGGUCACGGUGCAGGGCCGGGUGGCUUUCCUGGACCAUGUCCUCCAGGAGCUGGGAAUGCGGAGGCCCGUUCUUGUCAGCCCCUCCAUGAGCGGCCGCUUUGCCCUGCCCUUCCUCCUGGCGCGGGGGGACCGGCUAGCCGGCUUCGUGGCCAUUGCGCCCGUGGGCACCAAGGACUACGCUGCUGAGCAGUACCGGCGGGUUCAGACGCCCACCCUGAUCCUGUACGGUGACCGUGACGCAAGCCUGGGUCCCCAGGCCCUGCAGAGCCUCCGGCACCUCCCCGGGCACCGCGUGGCCGUGGUGCCGGACGCCGGCCAUGCCUGCUACCUGGACAAGCCGGAGGACUUCCACCGGGCCCUGCUGGGCUUCCUGCGCCAGCUGAAGUGA